UGACUUCGGUACUGUGAAGGCCGGUUGCUCGUGCAUGAUGGUCCGCGGUUAAACCUCGGGUAUUACCAUCUUGGUCCACUUCUCGUUCCCACAUCCAUCUCACCUGCACAACUCUGCCUCAGGUGCAUACAACAUGCACCGAGCGGCUGCGUACAUGCAUAUCUGCCUGAUAACACCACGCCGAUGAGUUGUGUACAUACACAGUGAUUGUCGGACACCGGCCUGGACUUGACGCGUUUGCCUCCGCGCCACGUCACAUCAUCUUCCCGCCUCGUCCAUCCACGCGCCGACUUUCCGCCCUGCCGCCUGUAAGCUCCGUCACCAUCUCCAUCCUCUACUCCCAACUCCACACCAACUCACACUCCUUCUCCAUGUCGGUCCAGCCGCGCCUCAGGCGCCCCAGGCCCGGCAGUCCCGAGCUGCCGCACACCGUCGAGCGUGCAUACUCGGACGAGCACAAGCGCGACGCAGCAAUGCACCCCCGCAAACCCCCCUCGGACACUUCGAUACGCUCCGAACACCUCACCUCGUACGGCACCUGCCUCGCUCUCACCGUGCUCGCCUUCAUCGUCCGUUUCUGGCGCAUCUCGCACCCCGACGAGGUCGUCUUCGAUGAGGUGCACUUCGGUGGCUUUGCGAGCCAGUACCUCAGGCGCGAGUACUACUUUGACGUGCACCCGCCGCUCGCCAAGAUGCUGAACGCGCUUGCUGGAUGGCUUGUUGGUUUCGACGGCUCCUUCGACUUCGAGAACAUCGGCGACUCGUACCCCGAGCACAACGUGCCGUACAUCGGCAUGCGGUCGUUUGUGGCAGUGAUGGGCGCUAUCACUGUGCCCAUCGUGUACGCUACGAUGCGCGAGUCUGGGUACCCCGUUGCGAUCGCUGCGUUCUCCGCUGUGCUCAUUCUAUUCGACAACGGCCACGUUACUCAGACCCGUCUGAUUCUUCUCGACGCUGCCCUCGUUCUCUUCAUGGCCCUCUCGCUUUUCUGCUACGUCAAGUUCCACCAGCAGCGCUACCGCGAGUUUGGCCGCGACUGGUGGUUUUGGAUGAUUGCAACCGGCGCAUCCCUCGCCCUUACGCUCGGCUGCAAGAUGGUCGGCCUAUUCACGUUCUUUACCGUUGGCGCGGCCGUUGUCUGGGACCUCUGGAAUAUCCUCGACAUUAAGCGCGGCCACCCAAUGUCCUAUUUCUGGCGCCACUUCAUCUACCGCGCCAUCGGCCUCAUCAUUGUCCCCUUCAUCAUCUACCUUUCCUUCUUCUGGGUCCACUUCAAGAUCCUCAAGUUCUCUGGGCCUGGCGACACCUUUAUGUCGCCAGCUUUCCAGGAGACGCUCGCUGGCAAUGAGCUACUUCUCAAUGCCCAGGAGGUCCGCUACUACGACACCAUCACGCUCAAGCACAAGGAUACGAAGCAGUUCCUCCACUCCCACCCCGAGCGCUAUCCCUUGCGCUACCCCGACGGCCGCAUCAGCUCGCAAGGGCAGCAGGUCACCUGUUACGCGCACAACGACACUAACAACCACUGGCAGAUCAUCCCGACGCGCGAGGUGCCGUCGCACGGUCGCGGCCGGGUUGUGCGUCACAACGACGUGGUCCAGUUCCGCCACAUCAACACGAACACGCUUCUCCUGACGCACGACGUCGCAUCGCCCACUAUGCCCACGAACCAGGAGUUCACCACGGUCGCACCUGACAACGAGGAGCGCCGCGAGGAGACGUUUUUCCAGCUGCAGAUGAUCGAGGCGCACGACGGCGAGGCCAUCAAGACCCUCGCCUCCCACUUCAAGGUCAUGCACAUGAAGACGCGUGUGCUGCUGUGGACCCACAAGCAGGCUCUGCCAGAGUGGGCAUUUGAGCAGCAGGAGGUGAACGGGAACAAGAAUGCGAACGACCGCACCGCGCUGUGGUACGCAGGCGACAUCAUCGAGGACGGGCAGGGGCAAGACUUCCGCAACCGCACAGCCCACGUCGAGGACAAGCCGGUGCGGCACAUCAACUUCUUCAAGAAGUGGUGGGAGCUGCAGAUCCUCAUGCUGCAGCACAACGCUGGCCUGUCCUCGUCACACCCGUACGCGAGCACGCCCAUCGAGUGGCCGUUCUGCCUGAACGGCGUGAGCUUCUGGACCGAGAACAGCAAGCAGCAGCAGAUCUACAUGGUCGGCAACCUGCUCGACUGGUGGAUCUGCUCGAUCACCGUCAGCGUGUUCGUGGGCAUCAUCGCGGCGGACACGAUCGCGCGCCGCCGCGGCGUCGAGCCCAUCGAAGAGGACGUCCGCAACCGCCUCUACCGCAACACAGGCUUCUUCCUCGGCGCGUGGGCGUUCCACUACUUCCCCUUCUACACCAUGGCCCGCCAACGCUUCCUGCACCACUACUUGCCGGCACACCUCGCGUCGGCGCUCGUCGCGGGCAGCAUCCUCAACUUCAUCCUCGUCGAGGAGGUCAACUACCCCAUGUCUGUCGCGGGACCGCGCACCCGCCUCCGCCCCGCCACGCGCGCCUACGUCAGCCGCAAGGGCUUGGUCGUGCUCGGCGUCCUGUCGGCUGCCGUCGUCGGGUGCUUCCUUUACGAGGCGCCGUUCACCUACGGCCUCCCGCUCUCCAGCACGCAGGUCAGCGCCCGCAAGCUCCUCAGCACUUGGACGCUCCACUUCGAGGCCAAGGUCACACACGACGUCGACGCCGUCGCUGACGCGCCACCAGUGGUCGCGGAGGAUGUGGCGGAGGACGACUUUGCAGACAGCGCAGUCAACGACUCGCCUGACGAGCAGAUUGAACUCUCGUAGACAUUGUCAAAAAUCUUCUCUCAUAUCCUAUGAAGCCUGCUUGAUAUACAGGUACAUGCAUCACAUUCAAAGAAUACAUAGAUA